UAUCCCACCUCAUCGUCGCCCCGCGAGAUAGUGCGCCUCAACAUCUAGGGUUUUCGCUCUCUCUUUAGAGCACAAAAUCUCGUAGCCAUGGCUGACGUGGAGGUCGCGAUACCUCAGGAACCAGCGGAGCCUCACCACGAUGUAAAGCUUUUCAACCGCUGGAGCUUUGAUGACGUGCAGGUCAGUGACAUUUCACUUGCUGAUUAUGUUGGAGUGGUACCAGCCAAGCAUGCUACCUAUGUUCCUCACACUGCCGGAAGAUACUCUGUCAAGAGAUUUCGUAAGGCUCAGUGUCCAAUUGUGGAGAGGCUUACAAACUCUCUGAUGAUGCACGGCAGGAAUAAUGGAAAGAAACUAAUGGCCGUCAGGAUUAUUAAACAUGCAAUGGAAAUUAUUCAUUUGCUAACUGAUCUGAAUCCCAUUCAAGUUAUUGUUGAUGCCGUUGUGAACAGUGGACCUCGUGAAGAUGCAACCCGUAUCGGCUCUGCUGGAGUGGUUAGGCGUCAGGCUGUUGAUAUUUCCCCUUUGCGCCGUGUUAAUCAGGCUAUUUAUCUGCUUACCACUGGAGCUCGGGAAUCUGCAUUCCGCAAUAUUAAAACCAUUGCAGAAUGUUUGGCAGAUGAACUUAUCAAUGCUGCCAAGGGCUCUUCAAACAGCUAUGCAAUAAAGAAGAAGGAUGAGAUCGAGAGAGUUGCUAAGGCAAAUCGUUAAGGGACCAGACUAGAGAUUUUGCCUGGGAGUGUUUUGUUUGGUUAUCUCAUAGUACUUUUAAUUGUUUCUAGAACUCUUGAACAUUGUAGCUGGUGGCUUUUUGGGGCGAUGAGGAUUUGCAUCAUUUUUGUUUGGAGCUUUAUCAUUUUAUUCAUGAAUAUUGAGUAAGCUUUCAAUUGAUAAAUGUUUGCUUGAAAUUUA